UUUUUUUGUAGUGUUGAGUUUCUCAAUUUCUCAAAAACCCAAACAAUCAGUGAGUCAGUUUGAGGGGCUGACAGGAUGCAGGGAACUUUGAGUCUGGGGUCUCUGCUCAUCCUGGGGUUGGCCUGGAUCCUGCAGGCGGGACCUGUACUCCAAGAUGCUCUCAUUCCCGUACAGGAAAACUUUGACCUUGGUCGGUUCAUGGGGAAGUGGUAUGAGCUAGCGGUGGUUUCCACCUGUCCUUACUACAUGCAGGACAAGAGGGAGAACCCCGUCGUUGUUGCACUUGAUCUGCAACAAGUGGCUCCUGAUGGGAACUUCACGAUGACGUCUGCUAGAUUUAGGAAUGGCACGUGUAAGCACAGGACAACAAAUUAUCGUUUGACAGACACUCCAGGACGAUUCUUCCAUCAUGUUGCAAGGUUCGGAGCAGACGUUGAUUCAUUCGUGGUUCACUCCAACUAUGAUGAGUACGCAAUGAUGCUCCUACUGAGCACUGAGAAACCUUCAGGAAUUAAAACCUCCAAAAUCAAGCUUUAUAGUCGGAGUUUGAGUGUGAGUGCUGCUGUGCUGGAAUACUUCAAGAGGCUGGUCAGAGAACAUGGACUGAGUGAUGACGCUAUCAUCAUGAAUCAGAAUAAAGGCGAGUGUUCAGGGAAGCAGGAGACAAAUCCCGUCAUAACUCAGCCCCAGGUUGAAAAUAAAUAAAGUGCCACCUGUGGUUCCUGCCCAAGAGGAGGACACUGCUGAUGUUUGACUAGGCUGACUGGACAUGUGAAAGAACUGGAGAAGAGGGUCAUCACACAAACAAGACUAUAUGUAUGCUUUUUGAUCGUACUAACUUCCAUAUCGGUACAGCACGCACUGUAAGAAUGUUACUAUGUCACUAUGUUAUUGUAUAUCUUAUUAAUCUAACUUUAUUUCCACCAGCCAACCUUUAAGGAACCUUUUUUUGUUGGUGCUUCAUUGCUUUUUAAGGACCAGUAGCAAUUUAAAUGUCAUUUCCUGACCUGUUAAUAAUAAAAUGCAUUCUUGAGAGC